GUCUGGCAUUUGAUGGUUUAUGAACCAUGUAUGACCAGGAAUAUAAAGUGAAGUGAGUUAGUGGUGUGUCUGCAUUGAAAGUGGAAUUUGUGGCGUAGUUAAAAAUUUGUCAUUAAUAAGUAACGACAAUAAACUAUAAUAGUUUAAUAAAAUGAACGGAGAAAAUGGUGACGAAAAUUGGUUAAGCAGCUGGGAACAGCAGUGUGCAGAUUCACUAGAAGAACAACCAAAUUUCGAGCAAUCCUUGAUAGCAGAAAAUAAUAACACUCACAGAAAAAUAUGGACUUCAUUUCAAGACUCUGCAACUGCUGUGGCACAAUUAUACAGGGAUCGAUACUCAGGUGAGCCCGCAACUAUUUGGUUACAAUUUCAAACUGCAGCAGGCACAGUUACAUCAUUAUAUAGAGAAUCUUGUGAAGGGUUGAAACGAACUAAUGAAUUAGCUAAACAAAGUGGCUACCAGAAAAGGAAUAAUGAACUAUUCAAUUGGGCAAAGAGGAAAAGACGUUUAAUAAGGAGAGAAGAUCUUUUAGCGUACCUUGCAGGGAAACAUCCACCACCACCUUCAAGACAGAAUCACCACCAUCACCAUCACCACCACUCGCAUCACAGGUUAUCUCCUAGGCCCCGCAACAUAUCACCCCCUCCAGGGGUUGCCUCUGCCGACUCACCAGAUCCCAACUUACAUAUGUUCAGAGAAGCCUUAGUAACGUCUCCACUUUCUUGCGUGUCCCGGGGUUCAGAUCUGUGCGCCUUCAUUACAGGGGAGAUGGCACGUCACACGAAGAGACCAGCAAGUCCAUCGGACGUAACGAUGGGUAGCCCGACCCAACAGAAACGGCCUCGUUACAUGUGAAAUUCAUUAACUGUAAAUACAAUUUGUGCUAGUUCUUUCCCAGUUUCAGGGGUACAUAUGCUUCCAUUUGUAUACGUUUUUAUACCAUUCUCUAAUUGAGUGAUCAUCACCUUUGCGUAGUUGUUAAAUUAUUGAUAUUCCUUAAGUUGCUUUUCAUCCUAUUUUUAUUAAAAAAUUAAACAAAACUUAAGAUUAUUUGCCUUAACUACCGAAUUUUGAUAUUAAGUAAUUAUUUUUCUAUUUACAAAAAGUGAAAACAGUAUUUUUAAACCUUACGACAAACUUAUUUAAAUUUUUAAAAAGCAUUGGUUUCAACUAAUUGAAGAUACCAUAUGUUGUCUUUUUAAUACAGUUUGCAAGAGCUUCAUUUGAUGGUAGCUUGUAGGUAUAUUUUAAAAGUAAUUGCCUCCAAAUAUAUUUUGUCUGUGAUAUAUGAUCAUUAUGAUACUGAAGUGGGCUGAACUUAAAGAAUGUUUGAUAUUGUUUGAUAAAAAUUUCAGCCUUAAAUUUCAGUGUUGCAAAUCUCUUAAGUCUACAAACUAACAUAAAUUCAUAAAGGGCUAUUUUUUUGCCAAAAAUGCUUGGACACAUUGAUUUUUUUAAUUGUCCAUUUUUUAAUAAUGAUUUUAUAUAUAUACAGGGUGACCUAUGGAAAAACUUGUGUGCCUUCCAUGACUUUUUAGAAUGAAAAAUUUGUUGUCUGCAAUCUAUUUGAAAAGUUUUCCAACAAACUUGCAUAUUGAACUUAACUUGGUAUUGCAAUUGAUUGCUUUGGAGCCAAAAUGGCAAUGGCCAAAAUGGGUGCCAUUUGCUUUCAUGUUUAUUAUAUUACAAAGAAAAUUAAUUAUUUAACUCCUUUUUUUGGACUCAAAGUGAAGAGCUUGCAGUUCUCUCGUAAGGGGUAACGCCACUCUAGAUAUUGGAAAAAAGGUGAUGUUUGGGAAUUUUCAAAGAAAAAUCAAUACAAGAUAUAGUGUCGGGAACAAAACAACUAUAAGCACUCCUGCAGUGUGCUGCAAGUAGUUGCAAUUCACCUCUAAGAAACUCCUUCCCAAUUUUUUUCUUCACAUAAUAAAGCAUCGUUUAAGAGGGGAAACCACAUUAGGAGACUGAUUUUCAGGCGUUCUUCAUGAAUUUUUUUGAGUGGGACAAAUUACACUUAUUUUACUAAUGUUUUGAACUACAUUUACAAAUUUUUUCAAGUUAUUUGUGUUGAAAAUACAGAAGUUAUGCGCCGUUGUGCACCGAAGGUCGUCGUCUGAGUUGGUUGUUCACGGAAAAUGUGGAGGUCACAAUUUUGAUCUGAAAACAAAAUGGUUGUUUUCCUGCAUUAUUGACAUGUUUUCUAUGAACCUCAGUGCGGGUAAAAAUGGUGAAAAUUGAAAUUUUGACACUUCACCAUUUUUUUCACAUAUUUUGAACAAAAAACCCUUAAAAUUAUAAUAAAUUCCCAAUUGUUGGUUCACGUUCUUUGUAAUUUCAUAAAGAAAUACGUUUCAAUUUUCAUAAUGAUCGGUUCAUAAUUUUUUUGAGCUAGAGUUCCCCUGAAUCAAAAAAAUGUCAUUUCGAGAAAAACGUGUGAAAAUUUCCGAAAGCUAUAAAUUUGAGAAAGUUAUCAAUAAUACAGGCUAUAAAAUAUUUUACACACUUAACAUAGCAAUUGAAACAAACACGAAAGUACUGAGUGACCCAGAUAAGUUUUUUAAUUUUAAAAAAUGAACGAUUAAAAAUUUUUCAAGGAAGAGACAUAGCGUAUAGAUUAGCUGAAAAUCUUUUUAAAGAAGCCUUCCUCAAAUAAAAAAUAAAAUUGAUAGUACAAGCAAGUACUCCAGUCAACCUAUAUAUCUAUAAAUUUUUAAAGAAAAAAACCGGUCAAAUAAGUCAAUGUGUAGAAGAAUUUCUUUAAAAGAAUUAAAUUAAUUACUAUUGAAUAAUUUUGUGAGUUUUAUGACUAAUUUAUUUGGAGUAAACCAUUUUGUUUAUUACAAAAUGCGAUAUUAGUUUCUUUCUAUAUUUGUUUGGGUAUUUUUUUUUACCAUUUGUGAAGAGAAAAUUAGAAAAUUUAUGAACAUCCCAAAAGGACCAGUCGAGGGCUAUUUUUAUGAAACUAUAGUAGAAUCGUAUUCGAUGCAAAGUAAAGCAAAAAAUUAUUAGUCUUUUAUCAAAGGAAAAUCGUGUCACCAUUUUUAGGACGCGUAUGAUGAACCAUUUCAAAUUUAAAAUGAAAUUGAAUGGAAAAUCUGAAAUACCACAUCAUACGCAUUGUGUUCUGGUAGUAGCUGUAGGCGCCCAGGUACAUCGAGUGUACGAAGUGGACGGUUAUAUGUCAAAUACUAAC